UUUUGUUUUCAAUUCUCAUCGAAUCGUCAUUUUAGAAAUUCUCGUCGUGAAAAGAACAAGUAAUUAAAAUUAUCCUCUGUCAAAGUUAGAAAACGUAAUUAAUUAUUGUGAAAACAUUUUCAAAUUAUCAGAAGAUUUGAAAUUCAGAAGAAAAUUAGGAAAUCAAAGAAAUUUUAAGCAUGAAAUCAGUUUUUGUUGCACUUUUUUUUGUUGGACUCGCCACAGCCGAGUUUGACAAUGUCAACUUUAUUCAAAGACACAAAAGAGACACUCCAUCAACAUGUGAAGCAAAUAUUGGAAGUUGUUGUAAAGAUGAGACAAAUUGCGAAUUUGAUUGUUCCUCGUUAAUCAUUGAUGGCUCAUCUUACAAUGAUUUCGUUAAAUACAGUAAUGACAUGAUCAUUCGAUCAUUUGAGUAUCUUUUCCUCUCGGCACAGUUCGGAACUCAUUUGAAGGAUCGUCCCGGCUUUGAGAAGAUCUUGCAUGGAUUAGCUGAUGAAGCAUGGAACAAGGGACUCGACAUGAUUAAAGAAUCUUCAAAACGUGGCGUGUCACACACCUUUAAGGUCGCUAAUGAUGAAAGAGUCUCAGCUCAUGGCGAUUAUAAUGAAGUUGAAGCUUUAGCAAAGGCUGUUGAAAUCGAGAAGAAAUUAUUGGUUCGUGCUAAUGACAUUCAUCGUCAUCACUCUCAUGCUACAUUAAAUGAUGAGAAAGCUAAAGGCUACGAUGCCGGCAUUGCUCAUUAUUUGGAAGAAGAAAUCAUUGAGCCAAAGAUCGACGCAGUUCGCAACCUGGUUGGACAUGUCAACGAUCUUAAGAACAUCUUUAAGAAGGAUUCCAGCAUUUUCCCAAUGUCGCUCUAUCUCUUCGAUCAACAUCUUCAAAAAUAAAUUUAACUUUUUUCUUAGUUCUUUACAUCUUUGUAAGUUAAUGAGACUAGAAACUUUUUUUUUCUUUGUUGGUAAUUUUCCAUUCGUAAGUCGAGUGCUGUGCUACGUUCAUUCAUCUCCAGAUAGAAAAACAAAAACAUUAAAUGUAAAUAGUCAAUGAAGGAAAAUAAAAAUAUAGAAAGAAAUUGUCACGAA